CCGAUCUCCUAGCGAUGGCAACAGAAGUGGUGUGUGGACUGAUCUUCAGACUACUGCUUCCCAUCUGUCUAGUCACUGCAUGUGCAUUCCGCUACAAUGGACUCUCGUUUGUCUACCUCAUCUACCUCCUCCUCAUUCCUCUCUUUUCUGAACCUACAAAAACAACAAUGCAAGGGCACACAGGACGGUUAUUAAAAUCCUUGUGUUUCAUGAGCCUAACAUUUCUGCUUCUCCACAUCAUCUUUCAAAUCACAAUAAACAGCCUUGUAGCUGCUAACACUAUUGAACCUGAUUAUCACUGUUUGACAUGGGAAAAAACACUACGGCAAAUUGGAUUUGAAAGUCUCAAAGGCGUGGAUGCUGGCAACGGGAUCCGAAUUUUUGUCCCUGAAAUCGGUGUGUUCGUUGCCAGUCUGACCAUAUGGCUUGUCUGCAGAAACAUUGUUCAAAAGCCAGAGGAAGAGGAUUCAGGACAGUACAAUGCACAGUUUGAGAGUGAAGACAUGAAUGAAGCAGAGAGGAUAGAGGCAGAAGAUGCAUUAAUAUGUGAAGAUCUAGAUGAUGCAGAAUGUGGGGAAGAGGAAUUUGAGGAAACCACAAAAUUAAAAUUGCUGCGUAGAAUUGCCUCAAUAGCUUCCAAAAUGAAGGAGAUUAUUGGCAACAUUAUAACUACAGCUGGAAAAGUUGUUGUUACAAUUUUACUUGGUACAACAGGAAUGAUGCUACCAUCACUGACUUCAGCUGUGUAUUUCUUUUUAUUUUUGGGUUUGUGUACGUGGUGGUCCUGUUGUCGAGUAUUUGAUCAGCUGAUAUUCAGCUGUCUCUGUGUAUUAAUGGCUAUAUUCAGCGCAGGCCACUUAAUUGGACUUUACCUGUACCAGUUACAGUUUUUUCAAGAAAUUAUUCCACCCGAUGACUUUUAUGCCAGAUUGUUUGGGGUCACUUCAGUCAUUCAGACCAACUGCUCGAGCACCUGGAAAAUCAUAACCAACCAAAAUUUGAACUGGUACCACCAUACCAGUCCUAUCUUACUGCUGCUACUGUACUACACCUUAGCAACUCUCAUUCGACUUUGGCUACACAAACCUAUUGUGCAGGAUGAGCCUGAUGAUGACAAAUUUGGUAAUAGGGAAGAAGAAACAGACUGCAGUGAAAUCCAAAUGACUGCAGAGAGAAGACGCAGCUUGUGGUAUACCAGCCACUACACAACUGAUGAAAGAAAACUUCUGUCAAUGACUCAGGAUGAACACAAGCCAUCUGAUGUCCUGUUGGUGACAGUGAAUGGUACGCCUGUUGAUUAUCAGAGCAUCCAUCCAUUGCGUCCCAUAGAGAAUGGGCCUGCCAAGGCAGAUAUAUACUCAAGACCGCAUUACAAAUGGGACCCAUCAGCUGAUGACCCAGAAAAGAAAGAGGAAGAAGAGGGGGAGGAGGAGGAAGAAGAAGAAGAAGAAGAAGAAAAUACUGAGGAAGAAAAAAAUUCCAAAGUUCAUGCAGUGGUCACAGUUUUCCAUUUUAUCAUGAAACAAAGUUAUGUUUGUGCUUUGAUCGCCAUGAUGGCCUGGAGUAUCACUUACCACAGUUGGUUAACAUUUGUUUUGCUAAUAUGGUCGUGCAUACUUUGGAUGCUGCGUGACCGGAGGAAAUAUGCUAUGAUCAGUUCACCUUUUAUGGUGGUUUAUGGAAACUUGUUAUUAACCUUACAAUAUAUAUGGAGUAUUCAGCUGAGAGAAGAUGAACUUCCUGAGGUUUCAGGAUUUCUUGAACGGAAAGCUCCUACAGAAUUAGCAUCAAAAAUUCUUUUUGCUAUUACUUUCUGGCUACUGCUUAGACAGCACCUCACUGAGCGAAAAGCUUUACAAUUAAAGGAAGCUGUUUUAUCAGAGGUCAAAGUUGGAGAGGAAGAGAGUGAAGAAAAAGAAGAAGAAUCCCAAAAAGAUGAAGAGGGAUCCCAAAAACAGGAGGAGGAAGAACAGGAGGAAGAGGAAUCUGAGGAAGAAGAAGAGGAAGAUGUAAUGAAGGUCCUAGGAAACCUGGUGAUGGCUAUGUUUAUUAAGUACUGGAUUUACGUCUGUGGAGGAAUGUUCUUCUUUGUCAGCUUUGAGGGGAAAAUUGUCAUGUACAAAAUCAUCUAUAUGAUGCUCUUCCUGUUCUGUGUGGUCCUGUAUCAGGUCCACUAUGAAUGGUGGCGGCGAAUUCUGAAAUAUUUUUGGAUGUCAGUGGUGGUUUACACUAUGCUAGUGCUUGUUUUCAUCUACACAUAUCAGUUUAAGUCAUUUCCUACAUUGUGGAAAAACAUGACAGGGAUGACUGAUGAACAACUAAAGGAUCUUGGCUUAGAGCAGUUUUCUAUCACAGAUUUGUUCACCCGCAUCUUUAUUCCAACCUCCUUUUUGUUAGUGUGCAUCUUACACCUACAUUACUUCCAUGACCGUUUCCUCCAACUCACAGAUUUAAAAGCCAUAAUCAGCAAACAGGACAGCGCCAUUUACAGGCUGGUGCAUCAAGAUGGAAGCCUGCCUGAUAUCACAAUGAUGAAUUUAAAUACCAACAUUGACAAGGAAGAGGAAAAGAUGUUGCAAGAGCCGGAAAAUAUGUUACGAGAGCAGGGGGAGCUGUUGCAAGAGCAACAAAUGUUGCAAGAGCAACAAAUGUUGCAACAGCAGGAAGAAAGCAUAAUGGAAAGAGGAGAGCAAGAAGAUGAGGAAGAAGGGAAUGAAAAAGAGGGGGAGGAGGAGGAAGUGGAUGAAGAAGAUGUGGAUGAAUCAGAGACAGAAGAAAUAUCAGAUUUAAGGAACAAGUGGCACUUGGUAAUUGACCGGCUCACUGUACUUUUCUUGAAAUUCCUGGAAAGCUUUCAUAAGCUGCAAGUUUUUGUGUGGUGGCUUUUGGAGCUACACAUUAUCAAAAUUGUUUCAUCAUAUAUUAUUUGGGUCACAGUAAAAGAGGUUUCUCUCCUUAACUAUGUGUUUUUGAUUGCCUGGGCUUUUGCUUUGCCAUAUUCUCAGUUCCGCCCAUUGGCAUCCAGUAUCUGCACUGUUUGGACUUGUGUGAUUAUCAUUUGCAAAAUGUUGUACCAGCUUGAAACGAUCAAUCCUGCAGUAUUUUCUGUCAACUGCACAAUGCCUAAUGGGACUGAAAAGCAAGAAGGCAUGAAUGAAUCCAUUCUCUACAAAAAACCAAUUGAUCCAGCGGAGUGGGUUGGGUUACGAAAGUCUUAUCCUCUGCUUGUAUACUUGAGGAAUAACCUGUUGAUGCUGGCGAUCCUGGCCUUUGAAGUGACUAUUUACAGGCAUCAGGAGUACUACAGAUGUCGAAACAACCUCACUGCACCUGAAACCAAAACAAUUUUCCAUGAUAUUACCAGAUUACAUUUGGAUGAUGGAGUAAUUAGCUGUCUUAAAUACUUCAUAAAUUAUUUCUUCUACAAAUUUGGUUUGGAGAGCUGUUUCCUCUUGUCAGUAAAUGUAAUUGGUCAACGAAUGGAUUUCUAUGCCAUGGUUCAUGCCCUUGCCUUAAUUGUUGUGUUGUAUCGACGGAGAAGAAAAGCCAUUGCUGAGAUCUGGCCAAAGUACUGCUGUUUUCUAUCCUGCAUCAUAACAUUACAGUACUUCCUUUGUAUUGGCAUCCCACCUGUGCCUUGUAAAGAUUAUCCAUGGAGAAGUCCUAAUGCCAACUUCAACUCUAAUAUCAUCAAAUGGUUAUACUUCCCAGAUUUUAUUGUUAGACCAAAUGCAGUCUUUCUUAUCUAUGAUUUCAUGUUGCUGCUAUGGGCAUCGCUACAAAGGCAAACUUUUGAAGAUGAGAACAAGGCUGCUGUACGUAUCAUGGCUGGAGACAAUGUGGAGAUCUGCAUGAACCUUGAUGCAGCAUCGUUUAGCCAACAUAAUCCUGUCCCUGACUUUAUCCAUUGCCGAUCGUAUCUAGAUAUGGGUAAAGUGAUAACAUUCAGUUACCUCUUCUGGUUUGUUCUCACCAUCAUCUUUAUAACGGGAACCACUCGGAUCAGUGUAUUUUGCAUGGGAUACUUGGUAGCCUGUUUCUACUUCCUGCUGUUUGGAGGAGAUCUCUUGCUUAAACCUAUCAGAAUUAUUCUUCGCUAUUGGGACUGGCUGAUAGCUUAUAAUGUCUUUGUGAUUACAAUGAAAAAUAUACUGUCAAUAGGAGCAUGUGGCUACGUCCAUUCAUUAAUUCAGAACAGUUGUUGGGUGAUACAGUUUUUUAGCCUGGCCUGUACGGUUAAGGGUUAUAAAAUUCCUUCGGAUAAAGAUACAGACUGCAAAUUGCCUAGUGGGGAGGCAGGAAUCAUCUGGGACAGCAUUUGCUUUGCUUUCCUGUUGCUGCAAAGAAGAGUCUUCAUGAGCUAUUACUUCCUUCAUGUGGUUGCGGAUAUUAAAGCUUCACAGAUUUUGGCCUCCAGGGGUGCUGAACUUUUCCAGGCCACAAUUGUGAAGGCUGUAAAAGCAAGAAUUGAGGAAGAGAAAAAAUCCAUGGAUCAACUAAAGAGACAAAUGGAUCGUAUCAAAGCCAGGCAACAAAAAUAUAAAAAGGGUAAAGAAAGGGUGCUGACCAUGAGCCAAGAAGCCUCAGAUGGGCAAGAAAUUCAGAAGGCUGCCGAAGAUGAUGAUGAUGAUGGAGAAGCAGACAAAGAGAAAGCCAAGGGCAAAAAAAAGCAGUGGUGGCGGCCUUGGGUUGAUCAUGCGUCCAUGGUCAGAAGUGGAGAUUAUUAUUUGUUUGAGACGGACAGUGAAGAGGAAGAGGAGGAAAAGGGGGAAGAGGAGGAACCUCCCAAAAGAUCUGCAUUCCAGAGAGCUAUUGCGAAAUUUGCCUCAGCCAUUUUAGCCUUGCCAAAAUCUGUUAUUAAACUGCCCAAAACUAUUCUUCAGUAUUUAAUCCGAGCUGCAAAGUUUGUUUAUCAGGCCUGGAUUACAGAUCCUAAAACUGCCCUCCGACAGAGGCGCAAAGAGAAGAAAAAGUCUGCUCAUGAAGGGAGACAAAGGUGGAAAGGAUCUGGGGAUGUUGGUAUAGAUGUGGAGUGUGAAGAAGGAGAGGAACCUGUCAAAAAGAAAUCUUCAGAUGGACCUGAUAACAUUAUCAAAAGAAUAUAUAAUAUUUUGAAGUUUACUUGGGUUCUUUUCCUGGCAACAAUAGACAGUUUCACAGCUUGGCUCAAUUCAAUUUCAAGGGAGCACAUUGACAUUUCCACUGUGCUAAGAAUCGAGAGGUGUAUGCUUACGAGGGAAAUAAAAAAGGGGAAUGUUCCAACACGAGAGAGUAUCCAUAUGUAUUACCAUAACCAUAUGAUGAACCUUUCAAGGGAAUCAGGAUUGGAUGAAAUUUAUGAACCUGGACAGGCGGAGAGGACAGCAAGUCUAGAAUCAGCAGCUUCUCGGGAUAGUGAAUCCAGCUGCUGCACUGAAGCAACCACGCUGUUGUUGUCAAGGCAGUCCACCCUUGAUGAUUUAGAUGGACCAGACCCCAUUCCUAAAACAAGUGAGCGUGCGCGACCUAGGCUUCGUAAAAUGUACAGCAUGGAUAUGUCCUCCUCAUCUGCUGACAGUGGCAGUAUAGUGUCAAGUGAGGCCACCCAAAUCACCAUGCUGUAUUCCCGUCAGGGGACAGCAGAAACCAUUGAAGAGGUUGAAGGGGAGGAGCAUGAAGAAGAAGGGCCACAUGCUGCAUCAAGACAGGAGCAAGAUAUGGAAGAUUAUUGCAUGGAUUCUGAAGGAGCUGCAUACACAUCAGAUACCGAUAUGCCCUCCUAUUCUGCUUUGGAUGGCAUUGCUGAACCCCCUCCUUCAUAUAGUAAAGCUGUGAGCUUGGAGCUUUUCCCCUUAGAUGUUUCCCAAGAUGGCUCCUCUGACAAAAACCAAAUGAUGGUGAGCCCAGAUGAAAAUCAGUCUGAGAAACCAGAGGAUUCGAUACUCCCUCCUUUGACACAUGAGCUGACUGCAAGUGAACUACUUGUUAACAAAAUGUUUCAAGAUGAGGAACUGGAUGAGUCAGAAAAAUUCUACUCUGAUCAACCUCGAUUUUUGCUGCUUAUUUAUGCUUUAUAUAAUACACUUGUAGCCCGUUCAGAAAUGGUGUGUUACUUUGUAAUUAUUCUUAAUCACAUGAUCUCUGCCUCCAUGAUUACUCUUACGCUUCCUAUCCUUAUCUUCCUUUGGGCCAUGCUCUCCGUCCCGAGGCCUAGCAAGCGUUUUUGGAUGACAGCUAUAGUCUACACUGAGGUGACUAUAGUUAUAAAGUAUUUUUUCCAGUUUGGAUUCUUCCCUUGGAAUAAACAAUUAGAAUUCACAAAAGAUAAACCUUAUUUUCCUGCCAAUAUUAUUGGUGUUGAGAAGAAAGAGGGUUAUGUGCACUAUGACCUUGUUCAACUACUUGCUUUGUUUUUCCACCGAUCCAUUUUAAAGUGUCAUGGAUUGUGGGAUGAAGAAGACAGAAUAGACAACUGCAGCAGUAAAGAUGACUCUGAUGAUGAGUUGGCCGAAUUGGACGGGAGAGGCUCUGCUGGCUCUUUGACAUCAGUCAAUUUGGCAGCAUCUGUUGAAUCCAUUCAUGUCCAUUUCCCAGAGCAGCAGACAGCCAUCCGUAGGAAAAGUUCAAGCAGUGGCUCACAGCUGUCACACAGAUCCAGCUACUCCUCUCACCGUUCAAAGAGAGGAAGUACCAGCACACGAAACAGCAGUCAAAAAGGAAGCAGCGUGUCGAGCAUAAAACAAAAAUCAAAGAAAGAACUUCUUGUGGAAAAGCUACGAGAACAAUUUAUCAUAGCUAAGACAUUUAUCAUUAAAAAGACAAUUCAAGUAUAUGUGCCCAUCAAACAGUUUUUCUACAAUCUUAUCCACCCAGAUUACAGUGCUGUGACAGAUGUUUAUGUUCUGAUGUUCCUUGCCGAUACUGUGGACUUCAUUAUCAUUGUGUUUGGAUUCUGGGCUUUUGGGAAACACUCAGCAGCAGCAGAUAUUACCUCUUCAUUAUCGGAGGACCAAGUGCCAGAAGCAUUCUUAGUGAUGGUGCUAAUUCAGUUUGGAACGAUGGUAGUAGAUCGAGCACUGUAUCUGAGAAAGACUGUCAUGGGAAAAGUUAUCUUCCAGGUCAUCCUUGUUUUUGGUAUACACUUUUGGAUGUUCUUUAUCUUGCCCGGCGUGACAGAGAGGAAAUUUAGCCAAAAUACAGUUGCACAACUCUGGUAUUUUGUGAAAUGUGUUUAUUUUGGAUUAUCAGCAUAUCAGAUACGUUGUGGCUACCCGACCCGCGUACUUGGGAAUUUCCUCACAAAAAGUUAUAAUUACGUAAACCUCUUCUUAUUUCAAGGAUUCCGUCUGGUACCAUUCUUGACUGAGUUGAGGGCAGUAAUGGACUGGGUUUGGACAGAUACCACAUUAAGUCUUUCUAGCUGGAUUUGUGUGGAAGAUAUUUAUGCUCAUAUAUUCAUCCUAAAGUGCUGGCGAGAGUCUGAAAAGAGAUAUCCCCAGCCAAGGGGCCAGAAGAAGAAGAAGGUGGUGAAGUAUGGAAUGGGUGGCAUGAUUAUCGUCUUGCUGAUCUGUAUAGUGUGGUUCCCACUGCUCUUCAUGUCUCUAAUCAAAUCGGUUGCGGGGGUCACAAAUAAGCCCCUCGAUGUAUCCAUCACAAUAACUUUAGGAGGGUAUCAGCCUAUUUUUACAAUGAGUGCUCAGCAGAGUCAACUAAAAAAUAUGACGGGACAGGAAUACAAAGGAUUACUUAAAAGUUUUGAUAAAAAUACCGGUGCUUUACAGUUUCUAGAGAACUACGGUAUAGAAGAUAUAACAGUUGCACAGCUAGAAGGCAAUUCAAAUUCUUUAUGGACUAUCAGCCCUCCCAGCAGAAAAAAUAUGAUUAAGGAACUCAAAGCAGGCAAUCCUGAUUUUUCUCUAGUUGUUUCAUGGAGUAUUCAAAGAAACCACUCCCUUGGAGCAAAAGCAGAAAUAACAUCGGAUAAAGUGUCUCACAACCUACCAAUUAAAACAAGAGAAAAAAUUGCUCAAAUGAUGGAAAAUCCAAAUCCAGAUACCAAUGGCUUUGUGACACUAAUUGAUGUAUAUCCACAUUAUAUCAAGGCACCUAGUGAUUCUGUUGCAAAGCCCAUAAAGCAACUCUUGACAGAUGGGAAAUAUAAAGACAUCAGGGUUUCACUGUCCAGCAACAACAAAUCUGAGCAGCGUACCGAAUGGUGGGUUCUAACCCAGUUUAACAAAACUUUGGAAACAAACAAGUCGAGCCUGGAACUUAUUGUGUUUAGUGACAAAGUUAGCCCUCCUAGCCUUGGAUUCUUGGCAGGCUACGGCAUCAUGGGAUUAUAUGCUUCAGUUGUCCUGGUAAUAGGGAAAUUUGUCCGUGAGUUCUUCAGUGGAAUCUCCCACUCCAUUAUGUUCGAAGAGCUUCCUAACGUGGAUCGCAUCCUAAAAUUGUGUACUGAUAUCUUCUUAGUGCGGGAGACUGGUGAACUGGAACUGGAGGAAGAUUUGUAUGCCAAAUUAAUAUUCCUGUACCGCUCACCAGAGACUAUGAUCAAAUGGACGAGAGAAAAAACAAAUUGAUCUCUUUGGGAUUCGCAUUGUAAAUCAAGAUAUCUUCACCUGGUGGUUGUUGUUAAGAAGCACAACAUUCUCUUAAGAGUGAAGCCUUUUAUAAUUGGGUAGCAGGGACGUUUGUGUUCAUGGAAUCCUCUCGACUCCUUAGAAAUCUAUGCUGCCUAUUAAACCAAAUACGAAGAAAGUUAGCCUUUGUUUUCGGAUUCAAGUCAUCCAACAUCAGAGAAAUUUGCUUUUCAAUUUAGUGAACAAAAUAUUCUGCAUCCAUGCCUGACUUGAUUAACACUUGGGCUUUUACUGUCACUCUCAAGGGGAAAAGAAGGAUAUCACAGCUGAAUUAACCAGAUCCUCACUUCUUCUGGAGUGAUACGUCUUGGAUUGUGCAAUAUGCUGCUUUAUAUCACUGACUUUCAAAGGUGGUCACAGUUGCCCUUCUAAGAAAUCCAAGGCAAUGGGUUACAGUGGGUGCUGAAAGCAACUUUAUUAUGUAUAUUUCUAGAAAAUCCAAUCUGUUGAAGACUCUGCAGAUGUACUUCUGGAAGGAAAACAAAAAUCAGUGACAUGAUCAUUAACUGCCUUAUUUUAUUUGAACAAUUGCAGGAGGCAUUGACAACAUCAAUGACUUUACUCAGGAAAAUAAAAACUGUCAAAGCUCAACUAAUGGAUUAUGAUUUUGGUGAAAUACUGUGAUAUUUUGCUGGGUCAUUUUCUCCAAAUUAUUACUCUCCAGGUAUUUAAAAAAGAAAGAAAGAGAGAGAGAGAGAGACUGUUGAACUUUAUGAGAAGGCUUUGAGGGCAAUCUUUUUCUCUGAUCCCUACAACAUGCUUUCCCUAUUUUGACAUUUUAAUGUAAUGAUCUGACUUGUAUCUAAUAUUUCCUUCCAGUGUUUCAGGUAUACAAUAAUGUUUACAUAACAUUUUUAUGUCCAAGAUGAGUUUUUAAAGUUCCCAGUCAUGAGAAAAGUAUAUAUAAUGAGCUUGGAAAAUGGGCUUUUCUUAAAUUAUUGCUAUUGGUGACACAGGCUAUUCAGCAGAGGACACUGUAGCAUGAACAUUUAAUUUUGCAAUGUAGUUUUCAUUCCAUGACUUAGAAAUUUCAGUUUCUCAACAACACCAUUGAAUGGGUAAGGUAUGCUAAAGGGUUAUACUGUGUAGUUUUGAUUCCGUAAUGGCUUCAAAUAAAGCACAUGUUGCAAAGUCAUUUUAGAAAUAUUUUUUCCUAUGCUUGUUUACACUGAAUGGAAAAUUCUUUGUAUAAAUUAAAUAUGUCUCAGUUGUGAAAACUGUCAGUAAUCAUUGAAAAAUCAUCUUAGCUAUUUAUUGUAUAUGAUAAUGUAGUAAGUCACUAGAAGGUAGAUGACACAUAGCAACUGAACAGGAAAAGUAAUAGUACAAUUACUUGCGUGUUUCGAUCCAGUUGUCUGUUAAAUAAAAGAACACAAUGUAAUACGGUUGUGACAAACCCCCACAGUUGAUCUGCUUCCAUAAAAACAUUGCUGGUACCUUUCUAUACUGUGAAAUUAGCACAUUUUGACACAAGGAAGUACACACCAAAAUAAACCACUUCAGUAUAUUGUCCUAAUAAAGCACAUUGUGACUGGAACUCAUUCAACGAUUUUCUAA